GCCUGCUACUCGUCGCCCAAAAUUAUGUUCAAAUCUCUCUCUGUUGUCACGGCCCUUGCGCUCGCGCUCGGCAUUGCCGCCCAGAGCAUCGACAUCGGUUAUCCCACCGCGGGUCUCGCGCUCGUCCCCGGGCAGAACUUCACUGUGGAAGUCGAUCGACCUGACACCCUCACCGGAUCCACGGAGGUCGCAGUUGUCAUCGGUUUGAGGUCUUGCGGGACUCAACCGUCCUGCGACGCCGUCUCCGCACAGGAAGAUAUCGGCAGCAUAUUGUAUAACGGCCCCUACAACCCGGUGUUCACGCUUGAUGACCCUGCAACCCGUUUCAAGCCCCCACACCAAAACUUCACCGUAACCGUUCCUCCAGCGGAAAUAUCUGGGCUUGCCGUCCUCAGCGUGACUCAUCUGAGUCUAGUAGGGGCUGGACCAUUCGCUUUACUUGAAACCAAGAACAUAACGGUUAACAUCACCUCAGCUUGAUCUUACGAUACUUUCAUGUUGGACAAGUUUUUUGGACCCUGAAGGCCUGAUGGACCUGUGUAUCCGGACUCUGUAUAAUUCGUACCAUAAUCACGUACCCACGCGUUCCGGUUCUAAUCAAAUGCAAUUUGUCGACCCCAGAUGAAUUUUCUUCUGCUUCCGCCCGCUGCACAGCCUACAUGAUAGCAUUUCAAGGCACGAUCAUUCCACCGUGGUGAUGUGAAUGCAAUGCACAAGAAC